AUGUUCCGUUCCAUCCUCCUUCUUGCGCUUCAAGUGGCUGCUACCUCCGCAUCUACCGUCGUUUAUAACUGGAAUAUUGAGUGGGCUACAGCUGCACCUGAUGGCUUCCACCGUCCAGUUAUCUCUGUCAAUGGCCAAUGGCCUUGUCCGGCAAUCGAGGUCAACAUAGGCAGUCGAGUAAUCCUCAACGUCGUUAACAGACUCCAAAAUGAGACGACAGCUGUCCAUUUCCAUGGGCUCUUCCAGACUGGCUCAAGUCAAAUGGAUGGACCGGCAAGGGUGGCCCAAUGUCCUAUCUCUCCAGGAUCUUCCUUCACAUACAAUUUUACGAUCAACCAACCAGGGACAUAUUGGUACCAUGCCCAUAUUGGAGCACAGUAUAUUGAUGGCUUCCGAGGGCCGAUCAUACGUGUCUUGACCGUGGAGGAUUGGUACCACGAGCAGGCGCCGCUCCUGCUCGAAUAUUAUCAGUCACCCCUUAAUGAGGAUCUUCACGGGGGCGCCGAACCCGUUCCAAAUGCAACUCUCAUCAAUGGUGCUCAAAAUAUCCAGUUCCCAAUUACACCUGGUCGUACAUAUCUUUUCCGCAUAAUCAACAUCGGCUCUUUUGCUGCCCAGUUCGUUCAAUUUGAAGAGCAUGACAUGACCAUUGUUGAGAUGGAUGGUGUAUAUACGAAGCCAUACAAGGUAUCUCAGUUGUUUCUCACUGCCGCCCAACGAUACACUGUCCUUGUCAAGGCUAAACCAACCAACUCUCGAAAUUUCGCCAUAGUUGUUUCAAUGCCCUUGGGUAUGUUUGCUCCCAGUGUUAUUCCAUCGAAGCUUAACAACAAUGCAACUGCAUACCUCGUAUAUGACAAUGCAAAGUCACUUCCAGAGCCAUUUAUGAUGACCUAUCAGGAUAGUGCUCCAGAUGACCUUGUUUUUGCUCCUUAUGAUCCGCAACCACUAUUAGAUCCUGUGACAGUCCCUAUUACUUUCACUAUCUCGUUCGGUCCCAACAACCAGAAUCAGAACCGGGCAUACUUCAACAACAUCAGCUUUACCCCUCAAAAAGUCCCGACCCUUUAUACCGCCCUCUCUGCGCCUCCGGACAUAGUCAACGAUCCCAAGAUCUACGGCCCAAACUCCAACCCAUACGUCCUCCCGUACGGCGCUAUCGUCCAACUCACCGUCAUCAACACCGACAGCGGCCCCCACCCCUUCCACCUCCACUCCCAUGAUUUCCAAGUCCUAGCCCGCUCACCCCCUGGAGUCGAUGGCACCACACUAGUCAUACCAUCCAGCUUCCCAGGAGGGGCUCCAAUGCGGAGAGACACAAUCCUCAUCUACGGCGGCGGUGCUGCAAUCCUCCGCUUCAAGGUCGACAACCCGGGCAUCUCACUCUUCCACUGCCACAUAGAAUGGCACGUUGAAGCCGGACUUACGGCGACUUUCAUCGAGGCCCCGACUCAGCUGCAGCAACUGGGUUUGGUCAUUCCACGGAAUCAUAAGGAGACCUGUUAUAAGUUAGGGAUCCCUAUGAGUGGGAAUGCGGCAGGAAAUACGGAUGAUUGGACGGAUUUGAGGGGUGCUAAUACGGAGCCGCCUCUGCAGAAUUGGGGUGCACUCGUCAUGCGCCCAAGGAAACGCCAACUGGCAAGACGCCACUUCUGA